AUGUCGUCUUCCUACCACCCGCAAACGGACGGCCAGACUGAACGAGUUAACCGCACCCUAGAACAGAUGCUCCGCACGUACAUCCAGGCUGACGAGAAGGAGUGGGAAGGCCUGCUGCCAGCUUUGGAGCUAGCGUAUAACACCACCAGUCAUUCCUCUACUGAGCUUUCCCCUUUUGAAAUCAUGAUUGGGGAGAAUCCCCUAACCGCGGCGGACCUAGACAUUGUUGGUGCUUUGGCCCCUACGCUCACUCCCCCUAUGACGAAACUCUUCCGGCAGCUCUGCGAUCGCGCACGAAGUCACAUUCUCCAGGCUAAGUGGCGUCAGAAAUACUACGCUGACGCCCGCCGCAAAGCUGUGGAAUAUAAGGUGGGCGAUCGAGUCUGGCUUAGCGGCAAACACUUACCUGCUCUCAACCAUUGUUCUAAGUUUGAACCCAGAUACUGGGGGCCCUUCACAGUAACUGAACGCAUUGGCACGGUCGCGUACCGCCUUGCUUUCCCCCCAACAUACGAGGGACACAAUGUCUUCCAUGUUUCUCAAUUGGUUCCCCAUCACCCCCGUGAUCCCGCUUUGGUCCCACGCGAAGCCCCAGUGGGCUGGCCUCCAACACGCGACGACGCCGGCAACCCUACGGACCAGUAUCUUGUCGACUAUAUCAUGGACCAACGAGGGACUGGGGAGGAGGCACAAUAUCUUGUUAAGUGGAGAGGCGCCCCCGAGGACAGGGCCACUUGGGAACCCGCACACCAUUUGGCAGGAUGUCCCGCCUUACUUCGGGCAUGGCGACGCCGCCAGCGCAGACGCCGUCCAUCCUGA